UGCAGUGGGAAAUGUGACAUUGAGAGAAGACGACAGAGUAAGGAGGAGGAUGACGGAGAGGACACGGGCUCAUCCAGUCAGGAGUUUGAAGAUAUAGGGUUGAGAGAAGAAAAGGCCUUUUCAGAUUCUGAAAUCAAGGUGGUGCAAAAACGUGAGGAGCGAGGGAAGGUGUCGUCUAUUAGAAUUCGGAAAACUUUACCCAAACCUCAGAAUAACCUGACCCCAAUGGGCCUGCCCAAAGCCAUCAGGCUGAAAAAGAAGGAGUUUAGUUUGGAAGAAAUUUACACCAAUAAGAAUUUCAGCAAACCUCCUGACGGCCGGCUGGAGACCAUUCUCGAAGUGCCUCUCAAUCGCAAAAAUGGCUCAGAGUCUUGGUUCGGCCAGAGGCGAGUCAAACGUUUUAUGGAAUUCUUGGAUGCCGGCGAGGUCCGAAGACCGAAGAAGCCCCUUGUUGGUGUCGGAAAGUCAGGAAAUUCAUCUUCCAGGAAGAGGCGAGGGGCCUUUGCUAGAGACGAGCCACCACUCAGCGUGCAGGACUCAGACUCCCUCCUCUGUGCCAAGCUCCAUCAGCUGAACCUGUGGUUGAUCCAUGAUCAGAACGACAGUUGACAGCUGCCUCUGAAAAGGCUAAAUCACUGCAAGAGAUCAUUCUGUUAAUAUGAAUAUUCCAAAUGCAUUUCCAACAUGAAGAUUCACAUGUGAAUUGUUCUGCUCUUUUGUUGCCAGCACAUAUGAAUGUUUUUGUGAAGUAAUUAAAAAAAAAAAAUAAUGUUCUGUAUUCUAUAUGUAGCCCUGCGAGAAGAACAAUACAUCAUAGCACCAGAAAUGUGUUGCCUCAUAGAAGUUGGUUAUAAACAUGGUGGUAAUCGCAUUAUACAUGGCAUGUUUGUCAUUAAUGCACUUAAACCUUGGCCGUCCAUUUUCCCCCCGACAGCUUUCCAUCUGUGACGAGUGAAACUGUCCAUAAACAAAUGUUGCCAGCCUUAAAUUAAAAACUUAUACAAUAUAAUACCGUUUUCAGUAUAGCUUACUUUUUCUUUCAGACCCAAAGUUGCAAAUCUGUACAACCUCCCUGGGUAAGUCAUGACACCGUUUUGUUACACUGCCCGUUUUCUUUUCUAAAAAUGCAAAUACAGUAUGCAUCUGAUUUAUUUUGCAUUGUUGUGUUUGAGAGAAAAGCAUUGUAACAACAUAUUGGUACUCCUUACCUGACUUUCAGCUUUAUUGCAAGUGUGUCCAUAAAGGCAGCUAUUCUUUACUGAUGCUGAAUGUAACUUUAAAACAUGCCAGCAAGAGAUUUGUAUUGGCUGUGGCCAAUCCCACAACCAGUGUGUAGUCAUGGCUGUCUGCAAGCGACAUGUGUUAAUCAUUCUACUUUGUAAUGUUCUUAGCAAUAUGUAUCAAGUGUGUUUGUACAUUCAUGGCAUAACAGGGUUUUUCUUGUAUAAAAUAUAGCUCCCUUUAGAGAGCACUUUUAGUCAACAGUGGAGGUGUUGAAAUUCCACUGCUGGCUUUAUUACGUCCUGUUCUCUGGAUUGAUUUAUGGUGUUGAAAUGUGUAUUGGAAAAGUAACUUCUUUAUCUUUGUGUGUAUGUUCUUGUUGUUGCCUAACUGUAAGACGUUCUCUUUUUAUGGUGUUUUGUAGGUUUAUUUGUUGUCAUUUAAAUGAGGAACUUUCAAGCAACUCUUAGCACAAGGUUUUUAUUAUGAAAUAUUUCUUUUUAUAUACAUGUAUAAAAGUAAAACAUAUUGACAUUAAUAAAAGUAUUACGGUAACAAUAAGAUCAUGCUUGCAACAAGCGCAGGGUCUUGUUCUGAUGUAGCGCUGCCAUGCCAUUUUAUUUUCUGCAAGGACCCCAUCCUUGAUGAACGAGUCCCUGUUCUCCACCUUUUUAGAUUCACAGAUUUAAGUAAUGUAUUAACUUCUGGAGUAUCUGCAAGUGUAUACGGUAUCUAAGAAUGAUGUUAUUGUAAUGGCAUUUAAGGGAAUGACAUUUUCUUAUCUUUAACAUAUAAUGUGUCAUGUAGUGCCAUGUCUCAAGUGAAUUUGAUAUGGUCAUUUAGAUUUAGAAUUUUCCAAAUGUUCUCAUUGUUAAAUAAAUAUUACAGUAUGUAAAAGUUG